UGUCAGACUCACAGAGGAGCACUGACAUCAGGCACAGCUUCAACUAACACCUGUACAUGAGAUGAACACUCAGCUGUUCUCCUCUACUCUGCUCACACUGUUUCUAAUCUGCAGGUCUCAUCAGUGGAAAACAACAGAAUCAGAGAAAAUAAGAGUGGGUGUCAGUGGUGGUGUCUUUCUGUCCCUCACAGCCAUGAUCAUUCAUUUCACUGUGCUUUAAAUGCUGGAUAUUCACACAGACAUUAACCUCACCGGGGACAAUAGGUCUCCCAGAGACAGAGCUGUUGGUGAACUGGUUUUUAAUCCUCAGGUCGUCAUGGCUUCAGCCUGUGGCUCCACAGUAUCAGGUCCUCUGCACUGACACUCGCUGGUGGCAGUCAUGUGAUCCCAGCAGAGGCAGGUCCCGUGAGGGAGAAGGGUUUCCUUGACUUGGCCCGUGGAAAGUGCACGAGAGGACACAUGGAGCUCCUCGAGCCCCGUCUGCAGCCGCUCAGAUGAGUCUGAGACGCAGCGCGCGCGCACACACAGGGACUGAGUAUGGACGCGCUCCCCUCCACACACACGGAUCUACAUGUGUUUUAAUGACUUUUUAACAGUGUCUCAGUUGAACACGCGUCCAGGAUGGAGUCUGAGGAGGCUCAGGUCUCAGUGUGGGUCUGCCGGGAGGAGAAACUCGUCUUCGGUUUGUCAAAGCGCACAACCUGCGCUGAUGUGGUCAAAGUGCUGCUGGAGGAGCAGGACUGUCCGCGCGGGCUCUGCGCCGCUCGGUCCUACUGCAUCGUGGAGAAGUGGAGGGGCUUCGAGAGGAUUCUGCCGAACAGCACCCGGAUCUUACGGCUGUGGGUCGCGUGGGGAGACGAGCAGAGGAACGUGAAGUUUGUGUUGGUGAAGAGCGACGCGUCUCUGGCGAACCACGGAGCCCGGAGCGCGGAGGCGCGCGUGGUGCUCAGCAAACACAGCCCCUGUGUCACCAAGGGCGCCGCGCGCUCCGCCACGGCGGGCAUCACGCCCGAGAAACAGCGUCGGAUUGUGAGGAAAGCUUUCAGAAAGUUGGAGAAGAUGAAUAAGAAGAAGGCGCAGGCGGCGCUCAGAGACGCGUCCUCUGCGGAGAGGAUGGAAACUCUGGUUCAUCUCGUGGUUUCUCAGGAUCACACGAUCCGCCAGCAGGUCCAGAGGAUUACGGAGCUGGACGCGGAGAUCGAGAGGUGCGAGGCCAAGGUGCAUUCUGACAGAAUCAAAAGACACGGGCUGAAUUAUGUUCAGGACACGUAUCUGGUGGAAGCUGCUGCAGCGUCCAGCAGAGAGGAGGACGCGCUGUCCUCAGAACAGACUCUGGACACGUCUGAAGAGUAUGUCCGGCAGUGUGAGGAGGUGGUUAGACUACAGGAGGAGCUGUGGGAGCAGGAGGCUCUCUUAGACCUGGUCACGGUGCAGAUCCAGGAGGAGCUGAACCACCGCUGGAUGCAGCGGAGGAGAGAGCAGCUGCGGGACAGAGACGCUGAACCCGGCGAGGGCGCGCAGUCUGUGGCCUGUCCCGGGGCGGACACGGCCCCGGACAACGAGCUGCUUUUGGAAGAGGAGAGGAUCAAAACGCAGCUAGAUGCGAGUUUAUACAUCGGUCUGCGCCUCAGCGCGGAUUUAGAAGCUAUUAGGAGCGAUUUAGAGCUGAGCCAGGAGAUUUGCAGCGCGAGGGAGAAGGAGAUGAAGGAUUUGCUGGAGAAAGUGAACACUCUGGACAUCGGGGAAGGGACAGACGAUAAGACGGGGAUGAUGAGCACUUUGGAGAGCAAGAGCGAGUGGGUGGAGCAGGCCAGGGGUCUGUCAAAGGCUCAGAGCGGGAACGACGACGACUCAGACACUGGCUUAAGUUCUCUGCACAGUCAGGACUCAGACAGCCAGCCUGUGUGGGAGUCACUGGUUUAGGAUUUGACCUGAAGGCGCUCAUCUCCUCAUCACUUUCCAACUAGAGAGUCUCAGGGAUCAUGAUCACUCUGAAGGAAAUUCACUAUAUUUAGAACUGAACCCAUCUGAUUACACUCUGCUUUAUAUAUUUGUACCAUCAUAAUAAUCCACAUAUAUUUUUAUAAAUGUUUCUCAGCAGGAAAUCUGUCGUUCUGAUGCAAAUAAAAAGAAAUGAUUGUGUUUCCUGACUCUGUGUGUUCCUCUGCUCUCUGGUCAGUGAAAUGUGAAAAUGUGGUAAAAGCAGAUUAUUUCCACAACCUCUGAAGGAACAUGUUUUCACUGUGACAACAGACAAAGACAGAUAAAGAGACGUCUCUGUUGUGAAUCAUAAAGUCACAAUAAGAUGUGAAGUCUAAACAGAGGCCAAGGACUCACUGAGCAGAAAUGACCUUUCUCUUCACAGAUGAUAAGAGGUGACAUUUUCUCACGCAGACGUGAACAGUACGAGUGCUCCUGCACACUGGUGCUUUACAGUCUGAUAAAGCACACUCUAACAC